CCUGCUUUAUGACAAAUGGCUAUGAUAAUAUCGACGAGUGUGACUUGAACCCAGGAGACCAUAUAUAUGUAUAUAAGGCAAUGUUUGUUUACUCGCAUCACGUGAUUGUAGCGGGGAAAAAAAGUGGUGUUUGUCAAAUCAUACAUUUUACUGGAGUUGAGAAGAAGUCAAAGAGUACAGCCAGGAUUAGAAUGACAUCUCUUGAAGAAUUUAAACAAGGCUGUAAAUUACGAUUAUAUAGGUAUGAUCAUCCAUUAUCGUAUUGCAAGAAUAAGAGACGUGGAACCUGCUGUCCUGCGCCCAGUGAUCCUGUGGAGGUUGUUUUGCGCCGGGCAAGAACAUAUAGGGAGUAUGAUGCUGUACCCUAUUUCUGAGCCAAAAUUAUAUUUUUGUUCCAUACCCCCGG